CCAUCCAUCCAUCCAUCUGUCAGAAGAGUUUUCUAUCCUGGACUCUAGUUUACCUGGAAUUAGAUAAUGAUGGAGACGCUCACGGACAUUUUACUAGUCACAGCAAAUGUUGGCUCGUUGUUUGACAAUCUGGGUGAAAUCCAGUACGACUGGCUGAGGGAAUUCUACACAACCGUGGACACUUACAAGCCCCGCUUUGUCGCUCUGCACUUUCAAGAGGUUGGAGGGAAGGACUACAAAGCCAACAUGGCCCAUGCUGAAAACUUCUUCUGGACCAUCGAAUCCAGCCCAGAGAUGUCAGACUUUGACCGAGCGUGUGUCUACAUAGACAGCGACUUCAAGACAGAAGACAAUUUCACGGCCCUCGGGAGUAUCUACUUCAUCCACAAAUCUCUGGAAAACAUCCAGCAAUACGAUUUCAGUGCAAAGGAGUUCAGAUCGGUGUCAGGACGCAACAAGUACGCCGGCUCACUGUACGGAGUCACAACAGUGUGGAAGGAGAAAUUCCAGAGGAACUUUUGGCCAGAUAGAAAGUGGUCAAGAAAAGGAUACAUGAGGACACGGUGGAUGAUUCACAACCAGGGUUUGGACUUGGUGAACGUGCACCUUUUUCAUGACGCUUCAAACCUCGUAGCCUGCAAAUCCAGUCCCUCCGUGUACUCCACAUACCGACAGAAAGCUCUCCGCUACGUCAUCAGCAGGAUAUCUGACGACUUCAGCCCAAUGCCGUUCUUCCUGUUUGGAGAUUUUAACUUCCGCCUCGAUACACUAAGUCUGGUACAGGACCUCUCCACAUCUGCAGAAGUACAGAUGGUGAUGAAGGACAGCACUAACGAAGUGGAGAAAAUCAUCUACGAGGAGAAAGGCAAUGACUGCAAGCAGGUUCUAUUUCAAAUAGAGACUAAGCGUUUUUUGUACCUGCACCACAAACUCUUCAGCGAGGACACUGGACGAGAGCUCCUGGAGUACGACAGGGAGACGGCAGCCUUCCAAGACAUCAUCACAGAAGAGGAGAUUCUGUUUCGUCCCAGUUACCCCUACAGUGAAGAAUACACUAAACCUACGCAGUACAUGAACACGCGGUGUCCAUCCUGGUGCGAUCGCAUCCUCAUGUCCCACAGCACACAGGACGUCAUCUACAGGAGCAACGAUGGAGACAGCAACAUUGUGUACAACAUCCUGGGCCAGAAGGUCUGCAUGGGAGACCACAAGCCUGUCUUCUUGUUCUUUGCACUGAAAUCCAAAGUCCAGUCACACUGAACAUGGACCCAUUAAAAAGUGUGCUGGUGUGUGUCUGAGAAGAAGAAGAAGAAAAAGAAGAAGAAGUUUAGGGAUGGCUGUUUUUGCUACAGUAUCUCACAACCUGCAUAGACCUCAAACUGCACACAAAAGGAGGCAUAUUUCUUAAAGAGAUAUGAAUCCAACAAACCCUAGUGGAAAUUCUACAGUCUUUUCAGUUCUCAAGAGAUUUGUUGAUUUCCUUUCAGUUUUCAAUAUUCUCACCAGUCUUCUGACUGAAACCUACAGUACAAUCUGGGAAUGCAUGCUAAUCCACUAAUUGUUUUUAUUUUUAUUUUUAGCUUUUUUUUUUUUUUUUUUACACUUUAUAUUACUAUCGUGCUCGAUACAAUCUAACUCCAGUCAUACAUCAUACACUGCUGAAUUGCACAAGCUGCUCAGUCAACAUUCAUCCACUCAUAUUCUCAUUUAAAUAUACGUUUAUUAUGACAUUAAACCUUUAUGUAGGUGUUGCUGACGCUUUCGUUGUGGCCCCUCGAGCUUCUCCGUAUCUCAGCGGUGCUGUAAGUCAGAAAUCCUCGGAUCAAUAGAAUAUGAACGCGGUGGCCGCCGGGGGACGGAUUUCAAAACCAUCAGCACUGUGUGAAAUAUGAAAAUCCGUCCCGAAGCAGCGAAGCACAAAAAGACUUUUAAUUACGUCUACGGUUUUAAAUACAACCACUAACAUAAGGUACAUUCCUUACCGUUUGUGGUGUAAUGUUUAUUUUUGGUUGUGGGAUUUGUUAGUGAUGUAGACGGUCAGAAAAACAAAACACGCAACUUUAUUCCUGCAAGGAAACAUUAGCCGUAUCAAGGGCUUUUCACACUUGUAACUUGGAAGCUGAGUUAGCACCGCUUUUUACCUGGGGUUGUGAAACACUGUCCCGAACCAGGGUGAACACUGCUUUUACGGUCAAGCGUACAAUUUGACAUUAAAUCUUUACGGCUAUGUGCCUAGCAUGAACGUUAAAAACGUGGCUAGGUCGGUAGCGUUAGGCGGCGAAACACUGAGGGGGUAACUCCUGACGCUGAGAAGUUAGCCGAAGUUGAAUAUUAACGGACGACUGGUCGACUACACAACAAAGUUAAAAAGGCCAAAAAAAGAUAAGUCUGUGAAAGAUAUUAAUACCUGGUCGUCGCAGAAUAACAGAUCUUGUUGUUGUUUUUUUUUACCUCACUGACCUGAAAGCGCGAGACAAGCCGUUAUUUAUAAAGGUCACGCGCUGUAUUUAUCCAAUCGUGCUCAUUAACAGAGCAGAUAUGCAAAUGAGAAGAUUGAUUCAGUGUGUAGGAAAUAUAUAAUCCUGGGUAAAGUAUGACUAAUGUGAAACGUGAAACAAAAUAACCCAGAAUUCCAUUCCAGCUAUUUCUAAGUGUGAAAAUUUCUUUAGUUAUCCUUUUUUUUUUUUUUUUUCCGCUAGCAAGCCAAGUUCAUUACCAAAUCUGGAAUUGAUUUCUUGUCGUGCUGCUAUAAUGCUCCCAGCAUGCUUUUCUUUCUAAACUUAACUUUCUUCUCUGAAUAAUCUGGUUGUAAGGCAUGCUACAUGUCCAAUGGUGUCCUAGAUUCCUUAAACGAAACACAACCAUGCAACAUAUUUUUAGUCGUAUCAGAUUGAUCUGUGAAUAGUUUUGCAUUUACUCUUUAAUAUUUGACUUUGUGACUUUGUGUUUGAUUCAUAUUGUUAUCUUGGGUUUAUCCUGUUAAUAGCACAGUGGGUGGUUUUUUUUAUGUUUUAUGAAUUUUAAUUAAGGCUCUGUUUAAAGUAUCUUUAGUGGCCUAAUCACACAAGUCCCAUUACAGAUCAUUAAGCCCACAGUGUAAAGACGACAAAUGCGGUCGCAUGUCUUACGGUGGACGUUUUUAGAUUUCAAUCACUAAUUAUCAAUAUUCAUUAACCGCCGUUAAAAAAAAUUAUACAGAUAUGACAAGUAGGCCAUUAUUUCAAUCCAACUAGAAUUCGAUCAAUCCGUGUAAUCUAAAUACCCCCCAACUUGAAAUUUUUUUUCAGUCCUGAAUCAGCUCGAUAAUUUACGUGUGAGGGUUAAAUUGCACGGCCCAUUUGUCAAUAAUGGACUUGUUGGAGUUGAUCCAUGAUGGUGCUUGACAUAAUGCAUUGCUCUCGAGAGCUUUGCUCCAAGCUGAAGUUCAAUAUGAGGCUGUGAUGUUGCUCAAUGAGAAGCACUGAUGUUCCUUUGGCAUUUGUGAUUUUAUAAUGAGACAGAAACACUACUCUUUAUUUUUUUUAUUUAUUAUUUUUUUUAAAGAGUAAUUUAUGUCUUUUGUACGUUGUAAGGGACACUGAUCAUAGCUGGGGGUCUCUUUGGGCUCAUGUAGCUGCUGAUGUUUGCACUUAUUGGGGAUGUGUUUUAUUUUAUUUUUUAUUUUUAGAGUUGAUUUAGGACCACUAAGAAUAUAAUUGCAUUUUAUUGCAUUUUUUAGAAUGUUUGUUGAACAUAUGUCAUUAUUUGAUCAUAGCCGGGUUUGAUUAUCUAUCUAUCUAUCUAUCUAUCUAUCUAUCUAUCUAUCUAUCUAUCUAUCUAUCUAUCUAUCUAUCUAUCUAUCUAUACACUUUCUGAGCACUUUAUUAGAAACACUAUAUGAAUACUGGUUAGAGCCUCCCAUUGCUCUCAAAACAGCUUCAAAUUUUGCGUUGUCUUCUAAGAUGCUGUUCUGCUUAUUGUGACCUUUUUGCAAGCUUGAACCACUCCAUUCUCUGUUGAUCUUUCUCAACAAUGGUUUUUCCAUCCUCCGACGAUGAGGCUAGAGAAAUCCCAGCAGAUCAGCAGUUCACUGUUGAACAGUUCAACAGAAAUACACAAAAUAACCCAUCAUAUUUUUAACUCAUUCUGAUUAUUGAAGCUACCGGCCCAUCUCUGCAGGAUUUUAAACAUUACACUGCUGAAUCAUGAUUCCCUGAUUACAUAAAUGCAUAAAGAAGUAUACAGGUGUAUCUAAUAAAGUGCUCGGUGAACAUAUGGUGAUACCAUACGUGUCAUGUUAUGCCGUACUGUUUCUGAUAAAUCCCUUUUAAAGCUAUACCAAGUGAAAUCAUGUCAAACUAAUUAAUACCUGCACUCUCAAGUUGUAGCUAUUUUAUUUUUAAACUCUCAUAUCGUUCCUAAACUGCCACUAUUCACAUUGUAAUACAGUAUAACUGUUAACUCUGCAUAAGAUGUCUAAAGCUAUACAGACGCUUAUGUGGCUUUGCUCCAAAACAAACGAGCACUUAACCUCCUCGAGGUGAAUUGGGGCUAAGUGAUUUUUUUUUUUCCCCUCUCAUUUUAUGUUGUUUUAUUUGUUCAGACAGACAGAUGAAGGCAGCUUGUCUGGCUCAUUGGCAUGUAAAAGAGGAAAGCCGGUUAAAUCCUGACUUGUCGUAUUCAUUAACACAUUCAAGGAGAUUAAUUGCGCUGUGAUUUCAGCAGGUUUCAGGUUUCUGCUGAUUGCCAAGACGAACUCUGUCGAUAGAGGGACGGCUCUGGGAAAAGUCUCACCUUAACAAUUAUAUUCAUUCCCUAAAAUGAGCAGUUAAAUUUACUUAAUGCAUUAUCACAAUAUGUUGCUCCAAACUCCAAGGUUCUGUUUAUGACUCACUCAGCUCUUGUGCCAAAUGUGUCAUAUAAAUGUUUUUGUCAUUUUGUCAUUUUAGAAUUUUCUGUUUAUGCUAUUUAUCUUAAAAAUCAGGAAGCAGUUAUUAGACUGCAUUUGUACCUCUUAAGCACCAGAAUGUCACAUUGCUGUUGGCAUUAAAACCUAGAAUGAAUGUUUUAAUUUCCAAAAGCUAUGUAAACCUAAAAUGUAUGUUAAUUCUCCAUAAAGUCUAUCUCUAUAAAUCAUGAAA